AUCCUGAUUCAGGGGACAUAUUACUUACUUCAGAGUGUAGAGAAUAUGCAAAUUAAAGCGAUACUCAAGUUAAACCCCAAGUCAUUCCUAACUUCACUAUUGAGCAUGAAAUCCCCUGCUUAUGCAACAAUAAUAUAUAAAAAAGUGGUUGCAUAAAUGUCAGAACAAUACAACAAUCAUUAUCCAUCAAGAAGAAAGCAUGGCACACAAACACAAUGCAUUAAUAUUGUCUGAUUCUGAUGAUGAAAUUUCCAAAACACAAGCCACGAUCUUAACUCGUGACAAGCCAAUACAUGAAAUUCUUGGAGGAGGAAAAGUGGCAGAUGUGUUAUUAUGGAGGGACAGAAAUGUAUCAGCUGCACUUUUGCUUGGGAUGACAGCAAUAUGGUUUCUAUUUGAGGUUGCUGAGUACAAUCUUGUGACCCUUCUUUGUCACUUUGCAAUCACAUCAAUGCUUGCACUCUACCUGUGGUCAAUAGCUGCAGAUAUCUUGAAACGGGAUGGUCCCCAGUUCCUGGAAAAUAUUUUACAGGAAUCUUUGUUCCAAGAUCUUGGUUUCAUCUUGCACAGAAGAUUGAACCAGAUAUUAAGAUUGCUUCUCCACAUUUCAAGUGGAACAGAUCUACCUACCUUUCUUCUGAUUGUUGUUUCCCUCUAUGUAUUGUCAGUGAUUGGAACCUUCUUCAGCUUUGUCAAUCUGCUAUAUAUUGGUUUUCUUUGUAUUCAAACACUGCCAAUUGUGUAUGAUCGACAUGAGGAAGAAAUUAACAAUCUGUUUGGACAUAUCAUAGUGGAUCUGAGGAAAAAAUAUAGAAGGUUUAAGAAGACAUAUGUCAACAAAAUUCCCAGAGGACCAGUGAAGGAAAAGAAGACCUCAUAAUUCUGAUAUGGAUUCACUGAUCUCUGACCUUAGUGUCAACUGUAAAUUCUAUGAAAAAUGUCAUGAUCUAUAUAUUAAGAUUAAUUCGUUA